CGGCGGCGGAGGCGGAGGGUUUGGGGUCGCGACCAAGACCAGGCUGCAGCGAGUUCGGAGGCAGAACGCCCGCGGACAUCGUCCCCCAACAAGAGGACCCUAGUCCUCCCCAGUUGAGGAUUCUAGGCCUCUCCCUUCCCCCUGCCAAGGCUCCCUGCCAAGAUGGCAUCAGCAGGAGACACCCCCACCAGCCCCCGGGAUGCAGCAGACCAGAAUUUCGACUACAUGUUCAAGUUGCUCCUCAUCGGCAACAGCAGCGUGGGCAAAACGUCUUUCCUGUUCCGCUAUGCCGAUGACUCCUUCACACCUGCCUUUGUCAGUACUGUGGGCAUUGACUUCAAAGUCAAGACGGUCUACAGGCAUGACAAGAGGAUCAAACUGCAGAUCUGGGACACUGCGGGCCAGGAGCGCUACCGUACCAUCACCACAGCCUACUACCGUGGUGCCAUGGGCUUCCUAUUGAUGUAUGAUGUUGCUAACCAGGAGUCUUUUGCUGCUGUGCAGGACUGGGCUACACAGAUCAAGACCUAUUCCUGGGACAAUGCCCAGGUCAUCCUUGUGGGGAACAAGUGUGACCUGGAAGAUGAGCGUGUUGUGGCUGCGGAGGAUGGCCGGAGGCUUGCUGAUGACCUUGGUUUCGAGUUCUUUGAGGCCAGUGCCAAGGAAAACAUCAACGUGAAACAGGUCUUCGAGCGCCUGGUAGACAUCAUCUGUGAGAAGAUGAAUGAAUCCCUGGAACCCAGCUCCAGUGUGGGCAGCAAUGGGAAAGGCCCAGCCCUGGGGGAUACUCCACCCCCCCAGCCAAGUAGCUGUAGUUGCUGAGAUGGCCCCAACCCCUAUCUACUCCCUCCUGCCACAGCAGGGACUGUGAUGAGCCAUGAGCCACAAGGGCUGUUUCUAAGCUCAGGGCACUGCCAGCCUUGCCUCCCAUCAGCUACCAACUGCCCCUAACACCUGCAUGACCUGUUCACUAGCCAUGGCUGCAAUAGCCUCAAUCACAAGCCCCCAGGCCCUGGGAGCUCUACAGUGCAGGCAGGGACUGGGGACUUUGACAUGCCUGAACUCGCUGCUUUUCAGGGGUUUUAAUGAGGGUGGCAUGGGCUGCAUGGUCUCCCCUGCCUGGUGGAGGGGUAUCAGGUGCCUUCUGCAUUAGGGGCAUUGUCCAGGGCCAUUCUGUUGGUGGGUAUGUGUUGUGCCUUGCCUGGUGUUCACAGGCCAGCUGAAGAUGGUUUGUUUUCUCCCUUAUGUAAUAUGGGUUCUCAUAAUUAAUCUCUGGAACGGUGGAAGACAGCUCUUCUUAGACCUCCAUCUAUUUCCCAAGCCUGUCUGUGAACCUCUUAAGACCUCAGUGUGCUGAGGUAGAAGGUGAUUUAGCCCUUGUAGACUCCUCCCUUCUGGCCUGCAGAUCCUCUGCCUAUGAAAACAGUAUUAAAGCAGCUUUUCCCAUACGACAGGACAGGGAGUCAGCAGCUCCCCAGCCCCCGCCACCUUGCUUUCAGGGACCCCCAAAAAGUGCCUUCUGAGCUUCCCCAGAAUUCCAAACCACUAUCCUCCAUGACCCUUUCACUGUUUUGGCUUGUCCACUGAAUCUCUGAUCCAAAAUUGAUUUCUGGAACUACCGAUGGGCUGUGUCAGGUGGAGCAGAGAAGCUCUUAACCCCUGGCAUUCCUGCAUGGGGUUUUUUACCAGUAGCUAAACUCAGUCAUGAGCCUGGUCCCCCCUCUCCUUUUGGCCCCUGGCUCUCUUGUCUAGAAAAAAAAGGCCCUCUUGGGGCUUUUCCACUGCUAGUGUUUUAAGCAAGCAGAGCCUUUCUACAUCUUACAUCCUGCUAGAAAUGGAAAUUGAGCAACGUUUAGAAUUUGCCCUUGCUGGAGACUUUCCAAAAUGAGGACUUGGGCCCAUCCCAUUUGAGAGCUUGACCACCUGGCUUGUUUCCUAAGCCAUGUCAUAAGUGAGCCCCAGUGAUGUGGCACUUUCUGCUAAUGCCGGCAUCACUCAGAGGAAUGCUUUGUGGUUAGACCAGAGGGCUAAGGAAGCAGAAUUGUAUAACUGCUAUUUCUUGCACAUCAACAGCCACAGCUUGGGAACGGCAGGUUUAUGAGGGGAUGAGCGAGGGUUAGUCCCCCUGGCUGGGGCACAACUAAGGGAGCCAUGAGACUGAAGCCCCAGCUGCUGGGGCUCCUGCUGGGAAGUUAUGUGUAGUUUGGGGCUCUAGAUCUUAAGACACUCCUUUGUCCCCUUUCCCUGCCUCAACAGCCCCACAAAGCCAAAACUGAUGGCACAAUACCUCCCACCCCAGAACGCCAACUGACACUCCAUUGACCAACACUGUGAGGAUAACCUUAGAGAUGCUUUGUUCUGCCUCCGCUCACCACCAAAAUGACUUAAACCUCCUCCUUCUGAAGUUAGGUUCAAAUUCACAUUUAAUCUUACUCUAGAAUAAAUUUCUUCCUAUAAGAUCCUAUUUGCCUUAUACCAAGGGCUAGCUAUCCAUAGAGCUUGAAAGUAAGGAUAUCUUUAUAUGUCAACAAAUUAGAUUCUCACUAUGAAAGGCUAAGUUCCUAAAAGCACAGAGUAUCUGAGUGUUUUAGGUGGAAGUCAAGUAUUUUAGUUUUAUUACAGAAAUGAAAUUAAUGCAGCUAAAAAGUGUGUGCAUCACAGUCUGUCAACAGGCUAGUGUCUGGUGCUUUUUUCUUAAGCUGCUACCAGGAAAAUAUGGUGGAAUAGAGGGUCAUUAUCUAAGGGACAAACCUACUUGGACACCAGAGUUGGCCUAAGCUUCCUGUUUACACAUGAAUUUUUUAAUAGUUUGACUUCAAAGUAGCAAUGAAGCAACUGCCUCUGGGAAUAAAGCAUGAGAACUUUUUUGUUCUAAAAAUAGUACAAGUUUUUAUUUUAUGAUGUUUGGGGGCAAUGUUUGAUUCCUGGUGGCAAAACUGAUUAUCUUCAAAGAUCACUGGGGAACUAGAAGUUUAAAUUUACAAACAACAAUUAAACCAACUGCAGUGACUUCCCACUUCUGGGGAGAGGAAGGCAGACGCAGACCCUGAGGUGGUUCUGCACCAGUGCAGCGCCUUCCUACCAUUCACUUCUAGCAAUUUGUCUUUCUGAAAACAGGUUCAGUGGGAAAUUACCAUAUCUGGUUAAGGGUUCUGCUUUUUUUUUUUUUUUUUUUUUUUGACUUCUCCAGGGAUAAUUUUCUUCUGUCUGUCCUCCUUAGUAAAAAAAUAAGGGGUAAAAUUUGUUCUCAGUGUUGAAACACUAAUUGCCCUGGCUGACUUCUCCCUAAUUAUCCUGAAACACUAUGAUGAGAGCUUUUGACCUGGUCAUUUGUAUCCUGGAUGUGGUUCUGUGUAAGUGAUUCUUUGAUGUCCAUUUAAAAAGACAUGUGCUUUUUUCCACAAGGAAAAUUAAAUUAAAGCCAUUUGCCCAAAUGUGGUGACUUACUUCCAUUAGUGAAAUGUGAUUUUCAGGAAGAGAGACUGAUUCUCAGCCAAGUAGAUGAGGGCACAGUGAUGCAGCAGAACCUGCCUGGGUCAGGCCAUGAAAGCUGUUUUGGGGCUCUAACCAAGCCUCAUAGCCACUGUCUUGCUUCUUAAAAAUCCGUUUGUAUAGGGAUGUAUCCCUAGUUAAUCCUAGUGAGAUCUGACUUACUCUCAGCAUCCAGAGUAUACCUGUAGCACCUGAAUUGAAUCAAAUCCCUCCUUGUUCAGAGCCUUCCAUCAUUCCCACUUUCCCCGGGGUAAAAGCCAAAGACCUCGCCUGCUCAAGCUGACCUGUCAACUCCCUACCCUCCACUCUUGCUGCUUUCCAUGCUCCAGUCACACUGGUUUGUCUCUUUUUGAGCACACUAGACCCUGGCCUGAGGGCUUUGCACUGGUUAUUCCCUCAGCCUGGAAGGUUCUCAACCCAAGUAAUCACAGGACUUCUCUCACCUCCUCCUCCAAGGCAACUCUCACCUUAUUGACCCUCUGUUUAGUACUGUAACAUUUAGUACCGCAACACUUCUGAUGUCCCUUUCCCUAUGCUCCACAUAACCUCUAGAAUCUAAACUACUAUUCAGUCUACUUGUCUACUUAUGUAACUUAAAUAGGUGUCUCCCUCACUAAAGAGUAAGAGCAGGGCUCCACUGAGGAAUGAACUGUUGAGUGUACUCUCCUAGGCUCUAUGGUAUUGUUCACAGAGAUAAACAUUUUUCUUUCAUUGACCUAAAUGUGAUUAAGUAAUGCCUAGCUAGUAUCAACUCAGGUGCAGGGAUUUCAAUUUUUUUUUUUUUUUUUUUU